ACCGUCUCACCGAGUGACUCUACAGUAAGGAACAAUCUUUACAUCCAUAAAGACAUAUCUACAGGUACUUCCCUUUUAUAUAUUAUUACCUCAUCUGCAAUGGCCCUUAGAAUGUUGGUUUUCCUCGGCUCCUCUCGGGAAGGAAGAAUGGGAGAGAACGUGGCUAAAUGUGUCGUCAGAAUGCUGAAAGAAGCCGAACAGGAAGUGGAAUUAAUUGAUCCGCUGACGGUCGGGGGCGACGGCCACGUCCACCAACCGAUGCAUUUCUACAGCGACCCAAACAACGUCCCCGAGUGGAUGGUCGCCACCAACGCCAAAAUCGCUGAGGCUAAUGCCUACGUCAUCGUGACUCCUGAAUACAAUUGUGGGCUGCCCCCUGCCCUCACCUCCAUCUUGGACAACUUCCCUCCGGCUUCCUACAGACACAAACCUUGCGGGAUCGUCUGCUAUUCCAUGGGCAGCUUUGGCGGGAUAAGAGCAGCCUCCUUUGCGAGACCAUUCUUGAGUGAGUUGGGAAUGGUAUCCACUCCUUCCGUCUGCGUCAUACCCCAGGUCGUUGGGAAAUUCACCGACGAAGGAGACUGCACCGACGAGAGAAUACAGAACAACCUGGAGAAGGUGGUGAAGGAGAUAACCUGGUACGGAAAAGCCCUCGAGGAGAUGAAGAGCAAAGUGGGUGUCCCUUCAUAGAAGGGAAGACGUGUUUGUGUAACCGCACACGCGCAAAUGAUCGUUCGGUACGGUCACGGUCUAUGCAAGGUAUAUAGAAUAAGGGAUUCUAUAUACCUUGGGUCUAUGUUAUACCUAGACCGUGGGUACGGUAUGAUUUUAAACGCUUGUGAUUUCCGUUAGAGGGGAGUUUUACACGUAUAUUGAUUUAGGAAUUGCGUCUAGUGAUAUUUAUAUAUUGCACGCUUUUAAAAAAUAUACCUUUUUUGAGUUAAUUUUACUGGUAAUGUUAAAAGAUAGAUGUGAAAGUGCCUUUUUACCGCACUGAAAUGUCCUUGCUGCUUUGAAACGUUGUCAGUCGGGCAAUGUGUUUUAUUAAAAGCUGACAUUUGUGUAAGCUUCGGAGUUUACUGUGCUUUUGAGAUACCUCUCUCUCUCUCUCCGUGCGAGUAGGCGUUUCAUAAGCAGCUUAAUAGGAUAUUAUCCAUCCUUCUAAGAACUUGCCUCAAACCUGACAAUCUCUCUCUCUCUCUCUCUCUCUCUCUCUCUCUCUCUCACACACACACACACACACACACACACACAAACCUAACCCUUCAACGGUCCUUGGUAAGGUCAAACUGAAAAGAAAAAUAAAGGUACAAAAUAAA